UGUUCCUGUGAGGAAUGAGGUGAACGGGUGGAAUUCGCAGGAUUGGGUGUUGGAUUUGUUGGAGGCGUUGGAGAAAAGAAAGGUGAUUGAUCUGGAUGCUCGUUAUAAUUUGUCUAAAGCCCGUAUAAGGAAGCUGGUUGAGAGGAAGGUUUGGGUAGAGAAUGGACUCGGGAAAUCGAAUCUAGACCAUGGUUAGCUGCGGAGUAAAAUUUGCUUAUAUUCAGGAACAGACAUCUUUUACCAUUGUUUUAUGCAUAUUUUAGCCUCGCCUCACAAAUAAAUAUCUUCCCAAUCCAACAUACUUGACAACUAAUCAGCAAACUACAACACCACCAUGAACCUCUCCGUCGCCAUCAUUAAUGACCCCGGCAGCGUCUUCAAACACUGGGCCCUCGCUAUCCCCAAUCCGGACGACCCCGGCUAUGUUCUCCUCCAAGCCAGAGGCUCAGACCGUCGCUUCCGCUACGAGCCAGAAACAGCCCGGGAUCUUGAAUCCAUAGGUCUGGUGGAGCUAGUCAAGCUAUGUCGCGUCGAUGCUGGCAAGACGAUUCAGAUCAAGGAUGUUGCGAGCAAGAUUACUAUCCGCAAUGAUAUCAGCGGCUGGAAUUGCCAGGAUUAUGUGCUUGAUUUGUUGGGUUCACUGGAGGGGGGAGGUAUUAUUGAUGGGAAGGGCGAGCGUUAUAAGGAGAGGAGGGCCUAUGUGCAGGGGAAGGUUGAGGGACUAGCGUAGGGUUCACCUUCUUGGUUAGAGCCGAGUCUAUUAUGGCCUCUCACGAGGACUGUUUCUAUUAUUCCACCAGACCAUCUGUACAUGAUGGUAUAUUCAAUCAUCCAACCGAAACAAAUCGCAAAUCGAUACGGACUCCUAGUAUAGGGAUCCCUCGCUCAGGAUGAAUGUAAUGCCAUUAUUCACCUUGAAAUCUCCCAAACCCCUGAUAUUCCUGAAUACGUUAGAAAAGAGUCAGACAUACACAGUGGC